GGUUCUACUGGAUAACUCGCUACGAAUUUGUAUCAGUAACGACCGAUACCUCCAGUAAAUGCAAAUUCGUUUGUUUGUGGUUGAUUCGAUAUUCGAUACUUUAAAUUUCAUAAGGGAGGGAAUAGAGCAUAUACCGUAAUUAUGUUUGGAUCAGGCUUGGCUAUGUGAUUAUUGAAGACCGAACAUGCAAAGAAGAUUCCUCUUUCUAUCGGUAACCUCAUUUAUCUUUCAUAGAACUUCUUUCCUCUGGAAUGUUCGGUUUUUCUUCGUACGUAUCGUGGACCGGGAACACAUCAUCUUCACCUUUUCUCUUUUGCAAAAGCUUCGCAGUACCUCACAGCUACGACCGAGUAUAAUAACCAUCUUGCGUUCCGUGAUAGACAAAGGUUCAUAUUGCACAAUGCCCAACGCAGAUUUUGGGAGUAUUUACAAAGUAGAUUGAAGCUUCUAGUGAGCUGUUCCCCAACAAUAUGUCUAAAACUUCAUCAUGAUACCUUCAGGGACCAAAUCCAU